GGAUGGCGCCUCCGCAUACGCUGCUGGAUGCAGCAGAGGUCGCAACAGAGGUCGUAUCCGAGGCCGCAUCAGAGGCCGCAUCAGAGGCCGCACCUCAUAAGCGCCCUCGAGUCCUGGUCUCGGAGUUGUCAUGAACUCUUCCACCUUGAUGCUGUGAGCAUCCUCCAUGGAAGAGCUUAGGUUUUCAGAUUCGCCAGUCAAGAACCAUUGUGAUGAACCAGAACAGCACAUCCUAUCUUUGCUGGAUUUGCAGGUCUCUUUUCAAGGAGGAUUAUGUCAAGCCGAACAAGGUGCUUCCGUUCUUCGACCAUCAUGUGGACAUAUCUAGCCUCGAGGCUUCGGCGAAUGAGAAAUGUUAUAUCUGUCUUCGUCUAAUGGAAGCCUUGUGCUACAUGAAGAAGGAUUCUGAGGCGCAAUGCUCAUUCAACACCCAAUGCUACAUUGCAAAUCUGGACAAAACUCCUGGGCAGAUUUACGUCGCGUUUUAUGUUUAUCAGUCGAAAAGGUGGAUGAAGACCCUGCCGUUCCGUGCUCUACCAAGCCAAAGUGUUAAGAAGGACAUGGCAACCUUCGAUCUCCCAACGAGCACUAGUAGGCCGCGUACCUUGGACCAGGCUAGACAGUGGCUUUCGUGCUGUCUCAGCGAGCAUAAGGCCUGUUCGAGAGUACCAGAUCACUGGCUGCCGACGCGCCUAGUAGAAGUCAGAAAAAGCGGCUCUAUAUUUGCCGCUCGACUUUGCUAUGGUUCCGAUCUGAAUUCUGAGACACAUUACCUUACCCUAAGUCAUUGCUGGGGGAAGACGCCGUUCUUUGUGUUAACCAGAGACAAUCAUGACCAAAUGGUUCAAUCAAUUCCGAUUGCCUCCCUGUCGCCGAUUUUUGCCGACGCCAUGCGCAUUACGGUUGGUCUAGGCUAUAAGUACCUCUGGAUUGAUUCCCUCUGUAUUAUCCAGCAGGAGCCAGGCUCGUUGGACUGGCUCAAAGAGAGCCUUACUAUGCAUCUAGUCUACGGAAACGGUGUCUGCAACCUAGCCGCUUCUGGGUUUUCAGAUGGGAAAGAAGGCCUCCUCCUCUCCAGUGAUAUCAGAGACAUCCAGCCUCCGGAGGCAGACUUCGCGCGGGUUUCUGUCGGACCUAUACCUCCCAAGCGAGCCAUGAUAAUACUGGAAGAAUACGGCACUGAUGUUCUUCAAGCACCUUUACACCAACGUGCCUGGGUCUAUCAGGAACAGAUUAUGGCUCCACGAAUUCUUCACUUUGCUAGAAGGCAAAUGUACUGGGAGUGUCGCUCAAAGCUAUCAUCAGAGCUUUUUCCAAAGUCGUGCCCUGAUACAGUCAUGGACUCGCAAUGGCCAUCUGGUGCUAUGAACCCAGUAUAUGCUUCAUUAUUAGACUUAUCAUUUACCAUUCCGACUGAACAUUUCUACGAUGCAUGGUGCCGAAUUGUUGAAAUGUACAGUAAUGCUAGCCUAACUUAUUCAACUGACAAGUUUCCUGCGCUUUCCGGGCUUGCAAAGUCCUUUGUCCCUCGACUUAAAGACGAAUACCUUGCCGGAAUGUGGAGAAGGGAUCUGCAUUGCGAACUUCUUUGGUACAUCCAUGACGAUGGGGAGCCGUCAUCAACUUAUCGAGCUCCUACCUGGUCCUGGGCUUCCGUGGAUGGAAGAAUCUACUUUCUUCGACGGCGAUACGGGACUUGGAGUGCCAUAUCCCGGAUACUAGAUGUCAUCACGGUGCCCGUCUCUCAGGAUUUGACUGGCCAGCUGAAAGGAGGUCAUCUUCGGAUUCGUGGGCUCCUUAGACAGGUGCGCCUCGCAUCAGUUCCAAAGGGUGAUCUCGACAACAAGUGCUUUUCGCUGGAGAACGAAGAGCGUUCCUCAAGUCCGGAUUCUGGGCCGGCUCCUCUGAGACUCCGGCAACGCGGCGGACCUCAUCCGGAUGCACCUCCGCUUGAUAUACUAGUGAAUCCUUGCAUUCCCAACAUCUGGCACGCGGAAGAGGUCUUCUUCAUGCCUGUUAUAUAUUAUCCUAGUGAAAUAGAAGGAUCUUCGACGUUUGAAGGGCUGGUCCUCGCCCCCGAAAAAUCUAUGAAGGGGACCUACAAGAAAAUUGGUGUGUUUUUCUUUUAUCGGACUACCGUUGAGGCCGCAUUCGCACCUGACACGGCAUUUGAUGAGCGAUACCACGAAGAUUUCGAUGGAUCUAAUGAGUACACGAUACGGAUUAUUUGAAGCGUUAGGGCUUGAUGGACGGCGUGGCGUUCACAGGGUAAAGGGGCUCGCAUUAUGUUCUUCAAGGCAGUUCUCGGAGGAUAUUCAA